AUGAAUUGUUCUUGCAAGGCUUACUCAAGUGUAGCUGAUUCGGGCAACUGUAUCACAUGGUAUGGAGAUUUAAUGGAUGUAAGAAAGUCCGAUAGUGCUCUGCUUGACUGGUAUAUACGUGUUGAUGCUGAUGAAAUAGGGGAGACGACAGUCGGAAAACCCUCAGCCUCUGUCACUGGUAUGUAUAUGUUUGUACUUGCGGUAUGAAAAGCUCCCAUUAUUUGGUACAUAUAAAAGAUCAACAUUUGAAGAAGAGGAAGUCCAUAAGUGUUGAUAAAAAGAAGGCCAUUGUGGUGACAUCUGUUGUCGUGAUGUUGGCCCUAAUUAUUUCAUUAGUUUGUUGGUUGGUAAUGAAGAAGGCAAGAAGAGAUGCUGGAUUCAACAAUCAAGCCAGUGAUGAAGAAAAACUAGAAUUACCCAUUUUUGAUAUGAUCACCAUUGCAGUGGCAACUAACCAGUUUUCUCAUACAAAUAAAAUUGGGGAAGGUGGUUUCGGGUCUGUUUACAAAGGUCAGCUAUCUAGUGGAAAAGACAUAGCUGUCAAGCGCCUCUCAAUGAGCUCCAAACAAGGUGUGGAUGAAUUCAAAAAUGAGGUUAUUUUGAUUGCCAAGCUUCAACAUCGAAAUCUAGUUAGGCUUUUGGGAUGUUGCAUCCAUGGAGAAGAAAGAAUGUUAGUUUAUGAGUAUAUGCCCAAUGGAAGCUUGGAUUCCUUCAUUUUUGGUGUAGAAAAAAAAAGUAAAUCAUUUACAUGGAGUACACGAUUGAACAUUAUUGUGGGCAUUGCUCGAGGGGUUCUUUAUCUUCAUCAAGAUUCAAGAUUGAGAAUAAUUCAUAGGGAUCUUAAAGCUAGCAAUGUGUUACUUGAUAGUGAGAUGAAUCCUAAAAUUUCUGAUUUUGGCUUGGCCAGAGCUUUUGGACAUGAUCAAUCAUCAACAAAAAUAGAAAGGGUGGUUGGAACUUAUGGUUAUAUGUCUCCAGAAUAUGCGAUUGAUGGUCUCUUUUCAAUGAAAUCAGAUGUUUUUAGCUUCGGAGUCAUAAUUUUAGAAAUAAUGAGUGGCAAAAGGAACCGAAUGUUUCAUCAUUCAGACCAUGACCUUAACCUUCUUGGACAUGCAUGGAACCUUUGGACUGAAGGAAGGGUUUCUGAGUUAUUAGAUCCAAUGAUGGAGGGUUCAUUUCCAAUGUCCAAGGUAUUAAGGUGCAUACAAGUUGGUCUCCUAUGUGUGCAAAAAUGCCCCGAAGAUAGGCCAACGAUGUCAUCUGUGUUCUUAAUGUUAGUUAGUGACAAUGCAAUUUUGCCUCAACCCAAGCAACCUGGUUUUUAUACUGAGAGGAGUUCUAUCAUCACACAUGAUCAGUCAUUACUUAAAAGUAGUCCUAGUAUUAACGAAGUGACUAUGACAUGCCUAGCGGCUCGAUAAAACAUUUUCUACCUGCAACGAUGGGGCCAAAUGCAACCAAGGUGGACAGUUGCCUUUCUUAAGUUUUUAAAAUUGCAUUUUUGAUUAAACAGUGUUUUUUUUUUUUUUCAUUAGAAAUUGUAUAUGUAUCCCUUAAUUUUG